AUGUUACAAAUCGUCAUUGGUAUUGUAGUCGCACUUGUUUUAGUGUCAUUAUUUAAAAAGAAUGUACCAGGAACACCACCAAUGAUUGGAGCCAUACCAUUUAUUGGAUGUUUCCACAAAUUUGCCACCAAUCCAUUGAAAUUGGUGAGAGAUUCAUACGACAAGGUGGGUGAUGCCUUUACUCUCUACUUGAUGGGUUUCAAGAUGACUUUUCUUAUUGGACCAGAGGCACAAUCUGUCUUCUUUCGUGGUUCCGAUGAAGAGUUGAGCCCCAAGGAAGCAUACCGUUUCGUCACACCCGUCUUUGGCCCAGGCGUCGUCUACGACUCGCCCACUGAAGUCAUGUACGAGCAACUCCGUUUCGUCAAGAACGGUUUGACACUUGCCCAAUUGAAAAAGGCUGUUGGUAUCAUCUCUGAAGAGGCCGAACAGUUCUUUGAGGAAAAGUGGGGAGAUGCCGGCGAAGUCGAUCUCUUGACCGACAUGAACAAGCUUACCAUUCUCACCGCCUCGCGUUGUUUGAUGGGCCAAGACAUCAACAAGGCCCUCGGACAAGCCUCCAACUUGGCCGAUCUCUACCACGACCUCGAGGAGGGUCUCAACCCCAUCUCGUUCUUCUUCCCCAACCUCCCAUUGCCCUCGUUUGCCAAGCGUGACCGUGCACGUGCCCAAGUCGCCGCCAUCUUUGACUCGAUCAUCAAGGCGCGUCGUCAAUCGACCGAGGAGCGUGACGAUGUGCUCCAAGUGCUCAUGACCUCCAAGUACAAGGACGGCUCGGUGCUCGACGACGAAAAGAUCGUCGGUCUCAUGAUCGGCCUCUUGUUUGCCGGCCAACACACCUCGUCCAUCACCUCGACCUGGACCGGUUACUACAUGUUUAACAACCCCGAAUACCUCGCCGAAGUCAUGAACGAGAUCAAGACCAUCCACAUUGACGAGUUCAACGGUGAAAUCAAUUUCGACGGUCUCCGUAAGAUGACCCGUCUCGAAACCAUCGUCCGUGAAGUUCUCCGUCUCCACCCCCCUCUUAUCUUCCUCAUGAGAAAGGUCAUGGAACCAGUCCAAUACAAGGACAUGACCAUUCCAGCUGGCCAUCUCGUCGCCGUCUCCCCAUCGGUCGGUAUGCGUCUCGACACUGUCUUUAAGAAUGCCAACGAGUUUGAUCCAAAGCGUUUCGAUGCCGAGCGUGCCGAAGACAAGCAACCAUUCUCGUACAUUGCCUUUGGUGGUGGCAAGCACGGUUGUCCAGGUGAAAACUUUGGUUUCCUUCAAAUCAAGACCAUCUGGUCCGUCCUCCUCCAAAAGUAUGACCUCGACUUCGGACCCAUCCCACAACCAGAUUACACCAACUUGGUAGCUGGUCCAAAGGCUCCAUGUAUGGUCAAGUUUACCAGAAAACAAAAGAAAUUAUAA